CUCAGACAAACCUUUCAUUCCGAGAUCUUUUCAGAAAUGCUCAGAACGCCUUGGGGACAAGACGAGUUCGAAUAUCCCAACCAGGGAAAAGAUGAACGGCACACGCCUGUAGACUCACCAAGCGGCAACAAGACAACAGGCGGGCGUUCUCAAAUCGUUUUUGGCACCUACCAUGAGCCUAUCAUGUCUUCUUACAACUCUAUGACAAAUACAUCUCACAUUGGUGAUGGCUAUGCAAUCAGCAACCAAGCGGAUUACCUUGACCGUGCGGCAAGUCACCGCAAGCGAAGUCUCCGUGAUUCCUACACCGAUGUAUUUAAUGUGCAGGCUGAAGAACCUUCCACCUCGAAGCAGGCUGGCUCACGCUACCGAACGGAUAAAAACCAGUCGAACGUCUUUGGAUCCUCACCUCCAAUCAGUGCGCCAGUGUCUCGCCACUAUCGUCUUGCCAGCGACAUUUUUAAUCUGAGCGGCCCCGGCCAGCCUCCCUUCGGUGCUGAGAGCAAUGUGGAUAGGUUGGACGAGACAAGGGCCCUAGGGAGAUCUGGCUCUGGCCAGGGUCGUGCCUCUAUGAUGAGCCAUGAAGAAUAUACCCCGUCCCACCCUUCCGCCAUUAAACGUAAUCCGUCGAAUAGCGUCCUUGCCCCAAGUUCAGAGAACUACGGGCCAGAUGCUCUGUCGAAAGGACGUCGGCAUUAUCCCCAACAGCACCACACCUCCAACAUUUUCCAUUCUUGAAAGUUUUAGUGUAUUGUUGCGAGUCAUAAAAAUAAACUGUAAUAGGAUUCUCAAAUAACUAUCCGAAGUUUGCAAAACUUUUCAACGCGAUCUUGGGUGUAGCGUUCCUGUCGCCCUCUGUUACCCCGCUAUCGAGUCCGGAUACGCUGUCCCUCUCCCUUCCUACAUUUUGUUGUUGUAGUGUAACAACGCUCUGUAAUCCCC